ACACCAUGGAGAAUAGAGACAGUCUCUAUUCUCCAUGGCAGUCCAUGGGCAACACUGGUAAUUAUAUCUUAUUGCUACCUCAAUGAUGAUUUGUAUUAGAAAAUAACAUUAAUUGUGUUCAUCGUAGAAAUAAAAAAAAGAAAAGUUGUGUCAAUUUAAAAUGCCUCUACAAACAAGAUUUGAAAACUUUUAUAUUACCCGUAAAACAUGGGAAAUAAGGGAUAUAAAUAAAUUACUUGAACGUGCAGACCGUAACGGACAUGAGGACCCCGUCACUCUGGAGAAGGAUUUUUCUAAAGUAUUCCGAUAUUCAACUCACUUAAUCGAGUGGAAGGUCGAAUUGAAAAUUUCAAGUUCAAAGUUAUUUCCUGGCGGACUGAGUUUAUCACUCAUCCCUGUAAGCGGAAUGAAUUGUGACACCUGUAACUUUUACCUGGUUGAUAUCGACAAAAAUAAUCUUUACAUUGGACCGAGUGACCAAAGUACUUAUACUAAUCGUGAAGACCCAGAUUUCGUUCCUGACCGUUUCCAGAGAAAAAAAGAAGAUCUGCUUCCAAACAAUACUAUGACACUGCUCGUAGAAGUUUUUUCUUACUGGGAGUGUUAUCCGAUGAUACCUCAUUCGAAAAUCUUAUCAACUAAAGGUCCAAUCGAGGUACCAAUUGAUUACUUUGAGUUAUAUAACAGUCGAGAAGAUAGCGGUGAUGUUGUUGUCAUACAGGUGCAGAAUACUAAAUUUCCAGUGCAUAAAAAUGUUUUAGAAAAAGGGUGUCCUCUAUUGUACGAAGAAGUUGUUCGUCAUCAACAAACAUUCGACAGCAGUAACAAUUCUAAAUUAACUCUUACGGGUAUCGAACCAGAGAUAUUUAAAAAAGUUGUGGAAUAUAUCUAUACUGACAAGGUCUGUAACCUAGAUGAUCAUUUAGAGUAUUUGCUAGAAGCUGCUGAUAAAUAUGAAUUGAUAAAACUGAAAAAAAUGUGCGAAAAGACGUUAGUCUGGAAGUAUCUUACUAUCCGCCAUGCUCCACGGAUUUAUGAUUUAGCUAUCCGUUGUCAUUCUCCUAAAUUAAGACAGUCUGCCCUGACUUUUCGGCCGGAUAUUGAAAAGCCUAGUGCACCCUGGCCCAUGUCGCUUCUCACAGUAGCUUCAAGCGAAUACGAAUAUGAAACAACGAACACAGAAUAAGUUUCUCUAACGCGGAGUAGAUUGUUUUCACAUCAACAAAGAUCACCUUGUUCAUUCGUAACGAAAACAUUUUUUGUCAAAAAAUACUAUUAUUAUAAAUUCAAUACUUAUUAAUUACAUUUCUAAUUCGUUCAAUAAAUUUGUUCAUUGAACUUAACUUCUGUUUGCGUUUUUUACUUUCGCUACAUUCUUUAAUAAAAACUCAAAUUUACUUCUAGUAACUUAUGA